GGGUAUGUCGUGUCGCUCGGAGUUUUCAACUAUCGUAAUCGUAUACGACUCAUGAUCCCAUGAAUGAACUGUAGCAGUUAUAAUAAGUAUGUCUUUUACUAUUCUAAAGUCUAUUAAACUAUAUAGAGUGAUGAGUGCCUGUUACUUUUCAUGUUCUUUUUCAAAGUUAUCCUUAUCGAAGCUUUAUUGAAAAAACUUCGAUCAAUGUGCAAACUCAAGAAUGUGACAGUGAAGUUAUUGAAAGCGAGCCCGAAGAUGAAGCGACGGUUGACGAGCACCCGUGAGCUACAGAAGCCCUCCUUCUACCACAAUGACUGGGUUAUAUACUCCUUGGUGACCACCACAGCAGUGCUUAGUUAUGUGAACAGUUUGAAUGGUGAUUUCGUCCACGAUGACAUACCGGCUAUCGUGACGAACGGUGAUGUUACUGGUGAUAAUAGUUUGAAACAGGUGUUUUUUGAUGAUUUCUGGGGAACACCGAUGGAAGAUCCGAAUAGCCAUAAGUCUUAUCGGCCAAUAACAACACUUUCUUUUAGAUUAAACUACGCCCUGGUGGGUCUUCGACCUUGGUGGUGGCACGCAUGUAAUGUUAUUUUACACGCGGCGUGUUGUGCGCUCGUCGCCCGUUCAUGCGUCACAAUCGCACGUCUAAAACGCCCGUUUGCUGCGUUGGCUGCUUUACUCUUUGCUGUACACCCCGUGCAUACAGAAGCGGUAGCUGGAGUGGUUGGCAGAGCUGAUGUACUUGCCUGUGUCUUCUUUCUUUCAUCUCUACUAGUAUAUCAUAGGCCCCACAAUAAGAAGUGUGUAUGGCUGAGUGUAGUGCUCGGAGCUCUAAGUAUGUUGGCCAAGGAGACUGGUGUUACAGUUUUACUACUCAAUCUUGCUAUAGACUUGUACAGAUGUUGGCCCGUUAUUAAAAGGUCAAUAUGCUCCCUCAAGAUCGAGAAGAAGUGUUCAGGGUUGUCGAUAAGGAGUCUAAAAGUGGUGGUGUCACUACUACUGUUGCUGAGCAUUCGUCUCGCAUUACUUCAAGGGACAUGGCCAGUCUUCUCGCCUCAGGAUAACCCUGCUGCAUUCCAUUCUACCUUCUUCGUAAGACUAAUGACAUUCUGUUACCUGGCUGCGUUCAACUGGUGGCUUCUGCUUUGUCCUUGGACUCUUAGUCACGACUGGCAGAUGGGUUCUGUUCCGCUUAUAACAAGUGGCUGGGACCCAAGAAACCUUGUGACUUUUGCAGCCUUCGGAGCUCUUCUGUUGCUGUGCUACAGAUGUAUUAUUGAUUUAGAGGCACAAAAGCAUAGCCCAGCAGUGGUAGGGCUGUUUCUACUGGUGAUACCGUUCCUGCCAGCCAGCAAUCUGCUCGUUACCGUCGGCUUUGUGAUCGCUGAACGAGUUCUGUAUAUACCGAGCGUGGGAAGCGUCAUAAUCACGGCGUACGGGGUCCAGCUGAUGUGGUACUCGAAGCCAGGUUCCAGAACGUUCCUGAUAGUUGGUCUAGCUGUACUGGCAGCAGGUGGGGUCGCCAGGACGUACAGGCGAAAUGCAGAUUGGAGGGACAGAGCCACGCUUUUGAGGGCCGACAUAGCAAGCUUACCCCAGAAUGCUAAACUACACUACAACUUAGGUAAUUUCUUACGAGAGACGGACCAGCAUGACGAUGCUGUAAAACAUUACAAGGAAGCACUCAGGUUAUGGCCGACCUACGCCAGUGCACACAACAACAUGGGAACUCUAGUAGUGGGCACGCACACAGCAGAACAUCAUUUCCUAUUGGCUAUAAUGUAUAAUAAGCACCAUGUGAACGCACACUACAAUCUAGGCAAGCUUUACAAAAAAACUGGCCGCUUGGAUCAAGCUGUGCAGAUGCUAGAACGAUGUAUUUGGCUCCAACCUCGCUUCGUACAAGCACAUGUUGAGUUGUUGACUCUUAAACCUGACGCUGAGAAGAUUGGGAUAUUGAGACGAUUGUUGGAACUGGAGCCCACAAAUUGGGAGCAUUAUAUCUUAUAUGGCAACUGGCUUAAAGAUAAAGAAGCAACACGGUUGAGUUUCCGGAUCAAAAUCUCUGAGCGGUCGGUACGAAGUGAUCUCGUAUCAUUGCGGUCGACUGCUCUUGUUUACAGAGCUCUGGGCCAAAAGUCGAGGAUUCUACAACUUCUGACAAGAUGGCACACCUGGCGUCGCGGACGACCCAGUCCGGCAGCUCACAUAUACCUACGCGACUGGAGUUUGAAGAUAGAGCUUGAGGGUCGAGCUCAGGCUUACUCACGAGCUGUCAAUCCUGCGCCUCCGAAAUCAACAUGUUUUGAUCACAACCAACUGGUCGUUGAAACAAAAAAGGACAAUCCAUCAUCUGCUAAGAACCAAGCCUCAAAACAUCAAAGUGCUAAAACAAGCUCUGUGUGCAAAACUUGUGUUAAGAAACGAAACCUCUCUGUUUCAACACAGAUAAAAACUACGCACAAUAAGUCUGAAAUCGGUCUCAAACAUAAAAAAUGUACGCCACACGCGAAAGAUAAGAAUAACAAUAAUAUUAUAUCGAAACUAAAUACGCCAAUGGCGGAGCACAUCUUGAUGAAAACAUUCUAGUAAAAACAGGUUUUUGUAAUAAAUCAGUUUGAAACGAUAAGAUAGACAUUGAGAUAACGAUACUGUAUAAAGAUACUCUCAUGAUUAUUUUUCCUCUAAUAAUUUUGUUGUGUUUCAACUACGGUGUUUUAUACAUAAUAUAACCUAUGGUUAUGAAUAACUGUUAGUUUUCUAUUUAACCUGUUAACCUACGGUUAACGGGCGCCGCGACAUUGUUCCUCGUUCUUCGUUUAUCUUAUUUUUUUAUACUGAGCUUAAAAGACGUAUUCUUAAUAAUAUAGCAUUCCAAAAAGCCAACUAACUGUUGCUCGUUACAAGAACUGUGAACAUAAAUCCAUUCAACGAAAUUCUCUGCCUGCAAUAAUUCCCAUUUGCAUGUUGUUCGUUUUGUGCCUUUUAACUUUUCAGUUGGAAUUUUUCACAAUAAUAUAAGCCACACGGAAUGAAUAAUAUAAAAAUAGCUCUUAACAGAUCUAUCAGUCCGUUAAAUGUAAAUUGUACGCCAUCCAUGUGCUUACUCAUGUAAUAGGUCGGGGGAAAUGUUUAUUCACAUUUUACUAAACAGUAUAUGUGUCAUUCUGUUCGAUGACUUUUUGCAAUCUUGUAGGAAGUUAAUUAGAUCUCGUGGCUGUAGACAUUUUGAGAGUUCUGAUUGAAAACGCGACAAGUAGUUUUGGCAGUCCUCUCUUGAUGAAACAGGUAAAAAUCUAAAGAGGAAAUGUAAGAGCUAUAUGACGGAUGCAUUACCUCCUCCCAGAUAAACUCUCUUAAUUUUUGUUGAGUGACUAAAGGUGUGUGUGGUGUAUUCGUAAUAAAAGACCACACCCUUUCUAUUGAUCAAUUCUGGCCGUUUUCUCACAACUUAUUGCCUUAAUAUCAUUAGUUGCUUUCAGUUGUAUCGAAUUUCCUUAUUUUUGUAGUAAGUAGUCUUAGUUGUACUUUGACAGAAAAAAAAACAAAUGAAAAAUAGCUGUAAACAAUAUCUUACUAAUUUAUUUCUCUUUUUGAAUUAUAAUGUCACCAAAAGCAGCCAGGUGUCAAAGUCCAAGUACAAUAAAAAAGAUUUUACUACAUGUUUAUAUACAUACUAUAUUCUGCGGAAAAAAUUUUCCCCGACCUAUUUAUUAAAUACACAAAACAAUUCAAAUAUGGAAAAUUCUCACUUAUAACAGAAUUAUGAAAUUAGAUUUUGUUUUUUUUUAAACAAAUAUUUUUUUUUAAUUGCGACAUACCGUUAGCUUUUAUAAAAUUAUUCAAUA